AUGGUGGGGGCUAGUUUAAUCAUCUGUUUAGCGUCUCUGGUUGAGCUGUCGAUUCAAGAUUACCCUUUUAACAAUGUAUCAUUAUCCUGGGACGCUAGGGUAGAUGAUCUGGUGGGUCGAUUGACUUUAGAUGAAAUAACACUACAGCUGGCGAAAGGUGGUGCUGGUAUCAACGGCCCCGCUCCUGCUAUAAAGAGACUUGGUAUUGGACCAUAUCAGUGGGACACAGAAUGUCUACAUGGUGAUAUGGGAGAGAAUGCUACAGCUUACCCAGAAUCUAUAGGACUAGCUGCUUCAUUCAGUACAGAUCUGAUAUUCCGAAUGGCUGAAGCUACAGCAGUAGAAGUCCGAGCUACUCAUAACGCCGCAGUACAGAAUGGGUCGUAUGUAGAUCACACUGGAUUGAGUUGUUUUGCUCCAGUUAUAAAUAUUAUGAGAGACCCUAGAUGGGGCCGCAAUCAGGAAACGUAUGGAGAAGACCCUAUAGUAAAUGGCAUGCUGGCUAGUGCGUUUGUGAAAGGUUUACAGGGGGAUCAUCCUCGUUUUAUCAGAGCUAAUGCUGGAUGUAAACAUUUUGAUGUAUAUGGCGGUCCUGAAAACAUUCCAGUAGAUAAAACAAGAUUCAGUGCUAAUGUUACUUUAAGAGAUUUGAGAACAACGUUUCUACCAGCGUUUAGAUAUUGUGUUGAAGCUGGAUCACACAGUCUGAUGUGUAGUUAUAACAGUAUCAAUGGAGUACCAGCCUGUGCCAAUAAAUUUCUAUUAACUGAUGUAUUAAGAAAUGAAUGGGGAUUUAAAGGUUAUGUUAUUAGUGAUCAAGUUGCUGUGGAAUUGAUAAAGGACUCACAUCAUUAUUACACUAAUAACAUUGAUACAGCAGCAGGAGCCAUCAAUGCUGGACUCAAUCUUGAACUUGCCGGCGUACAUGAACUUAGAGAGGUGUUUAUGAGUAUUCCUGAUGCUAUUAAAGAGGGUAAACUGACAGAAGAUUUGGUACGAGAAAGAGUGAAGCCAUUGUUUUAUACUAGAAUGAGGUUGGGAGAAUUUGAUCCACCAGAAAUGAAUCCCUACGCCUCAAUUACUACUGAUGUUAUUGAAGAAAAAUCUCACAGAGAUCUAGCUGUAGAAGCUGCUAUGAAAACUUUAGUUUUGUUGAAAAAUGAUGGUGUUCUUCCACUCAAGAAGUCAGAAUAUGAUUCCAUUGCCGUUGUUGGACCAAUGGCCAAUAACCCUUACUUACAGAACGGUGAUUAUGCUGCAAGUCCCGAUUUCAAGUUUGUCAGUACACCAAUAGACGGUCUUCAAUCACUAGCUAAUAAAAUGAAUUAUGCUGCUGGAUGCAGAAGCACUAGAUGUAUACUGUAUGAUCCGUUUUCUGUUAAAAAAGCGGUCACGAAUGUUGAAAUAGUUUUGAUCUGUGUUGGUCUAGGUACAUUGGUUGAAGCUGAAGGUAAGGAUAGAACAGAUCUAGAAUUGCCCGGCCAACAACAAACUUUAAUACAAGAUGUCAUACAUUACAGUGGAUCGGCAAAGAUUGUUUUAAUAUCAUUCAAUGCUGGACCAGUCAAUAUUACAUGGGCUGAUAUGAAUCCAAGAGUAUCAGCAAUUAUAGCUGCUUUCUAUCCAGGACAAGCUACUGGUGUUGCUCUGAAGAAUGUUUUAAUCAAUCCUAAUCAGUCAGUGUUUGGAAGGUUACCCUAUACGUGGUACUACUCAGAACAUCAGGUUCCAGAAAUUACCAACUACUCAAUGCAGGGCAGAACAUAUCGAUAUUUUAAAGGAGAACCAUUGUAUCCAUUUGGUUAUGGUUUAACUUAUACUAAAUUUGAAUAUUCUAAAUUGCAAGUACCGGCUACAGUACAGGCUGGUGAUAUUACUAAUAUAUCAGUUACCGUUAGAAAUACCAUGAAUAUUGUUGGUGAUGAGGUAGUUCAAGUAUACAUUUUGUGGUUAAACUCAAGUGUAGAAACACCACAGUUACAAUUAGUAAACUUUACCAGGUUGACUCUACAAGCUUAUCAAACUAUAACUUACCAUUUCACCAUUAAACCACAAAAUAUAGCUGUAUAUACAGAUGAUAGAGGAUGGGUUGUAGAACAAGGUGACCUAAACGUGUAUGUCGGAGGUGAACAACCAAAUCAAAAGAAACAUGGCGGAACAAUGGUUUUAGAUGGUCAGAUACAUAUCAAUGGAACGAAAAUACUUGGAUUCUAUUAA